UCGCUGCGUCCAAAGCCUUGCCAGUCGUCGCGGCACCAUCAAGUUUUGCGGUCAAGACUUUUCCGCAAAACACACUCCAUUGACCCAACAUGGCCGUUGGCAAGAACAAGCGCCUGUCUAAGGGCAAGAAGGGUAUCAAGAAAAAGGUCGUCGACCCCUUGACGCGCAAGGAGUGGUACGAUAUCAAGGCCCCGUCAAUCUUCGAGGUCCGGAAUGUUGGCAAGACUAUUGUCAACCGGUCUCAGGGCUUGAAAAACGCGAACGACUCCCUCAAGGGCCGUAUCGUUGAGGUGUCGCUGGCUGAUCUCAACAAGGACGAGGAGCAGUCCUUCCGCAAGAUCAAGCUACGGGUGGACGAGGUUCAGGGCAAGAACUGCCUUACCAACUUCCACGGCAUGGACUUCACGUCCGACAAGCUCCGUUCCCUUGUCCGCAAGUGGCAAACCCUCAUUGAGGCCCACGUCGACGUCAAGACGACUGACGGCUACCUCCUCCGCCUCUUCGCCAUCGGCUUCACGAAGCGCAGACCGACGCAGGUUCGCAAGACGACCUACGCCCAGUCUUCGCAGGUGCGGGAGAUCCGGAAGAAGAUGUUCGAGAUCAUGACGCGCGAGGCGACGAGCUGCGACCUCAAGGAGCUCGUGCAGAAGUUCGUUCCGGAGGCGAUCGGUCGCGAGAUCGAGAAGGCGUCGCGGAGCAUCUACCCCCUCCAAAACGUCUACGUGCGGAAGGCCAAGAUCCUGAAGGCGCCCAAGUUCGACGUCUCCAAGCUCAUGGAGCUGCACGGCGAGUCGACGGACGAGACUGGCACGAAGAUCGCGAAGGACUUCAAGGAGCCGGAGAUCCUCGAGUCUGUAUAGGUUCUUUGCGCACCUUCCCCUACUGUAUAUCCUCUAUGCUACCUCUAUGUUGUGCUAUGAAGGGACACGCAAUUAUGAACCAUGCGAACACCA